AUGGCAAAUAAACACACUAUUAUUCUCAUGCAAACAUCUCAGCAUAGAGCAACUCGCACUUUUAUGGAUUAUGAUUCCAUCACUCAAGCAAUGGAUGGAAUUUGUGCUCUAUAUGGAAAAAAGCUGAAGGAGUUAAACCCAGCUAUAAGAAACAUCUCUUAUGAUAUCUCUGAUCUUUACAAUUUUAUUGAUGGCCUUGCAGAAAUGAGUGCACUAGUCUAUGAUCACUCAAUUCAGGCUUACUUGCCUUGUGAUCGGCAGUGGAUAAAACAGAAGACAUUGCAACAUUUGAAGAAAUUGGCCUCAAACUGA